AUGAUAUCGGUAGACAUAAAGAGAAACUUUCGGCAAGGUUUGAACCUGACUCAAAGUCACCUGCAGCAGAUCUGUGAGCUGAAUGUUGACUCAAAGCAUCCUACUUACAGAAUGACAAACAUAAUUUGCACUAUUGGUCCAGCUUGUGAUAGCACUGCUAUUUUGUGUGAGCUCAUUGAGAAGGGAAUGAAUAUCUGCAGGUUCAACCUGGCCCAUGUUGAUCACAGUUACCAUUUGUCUGCCUUACACAAUCUGAGGGAUGCCAUCUCUAAAUCAAAACACAAAGUGCACUCUCAAGUAGCCACAGCUGUUGAUAUCUGUGGCCCUGCUGUACGAAUUGGCAAAUUUAGGAAGGAUAUAACACAACCGUUUUUCCUGAAAAAGGGAGAGAAGUGCAUACUAACCAGUGAUGAGAGUUAUGCUCCCAGCUGUGAGAGAGAGAUAAUCUAUGCUUCAAAGAGCUUCAUUAAUAAAGCAGAAAUUAACAGUCACAUUUAUAUUGAAGAUGGGCCACUCUGUUUAAUGAUCCAGGAGAAAGAUGGUACCAGCCUUAGAUGCCUGGUCACUCAAGAAGGGGAGAUUAACAGCUACAGUCACUGCCAUGUUCCAAGGACUUUGCCAUCUGACAGUGUAGAGCUGACAGACAAAGAUAAGGAAGAUAUUGAUUUCUGCAUUCAACACAAGAUGGACAUGGUGUUUGUUUCCUGGGUGUGGUGCCCAGAGAUUAUCAUUAAAAUUCGAGAGCACCUUGGUGAGGCAGCUUCCAACGUCAAGAUCAUUGCAAAGAUUGAGAACUACGAAGGCGUUAAAAGAAUUGAUGAAAUACUGGCAGUGGCUGAUGGAAUUUUGGUGGGGAGAGGUGACCUGGGCAUUGAUGUUCCACCAGAGAAGGUUGUUUUAGCUCAAAAGAUGAUCAUCGGUCGAGCAAAUAUGGCUGGGAAACCAGUCAUCUGUGCAGCACAGAUGUUGGACAGUAUGGUCAACAACCCUCGCCCAACCAGAGCUGAAGCUAGUGAUGUCGCCAAUGCUAUCCUGGAUGGUGCUGACUGUGUGAUGUUGUCUAAAGAAACUGCUAUUGGAAAAUUUCCAGUUAAAGCUGUAGAAACAUUAGCUUCUAUCUGCAAAGAGGCUGAGAAUGCAUUAUACCAUGCAAGAUUAUUCCAAGACUUGCAGUCUGUAACUCCCAUCCCAACAGACAGUGCCCAUUCUGCAUCUAUUGCCGCAGUUGAGGCAGCAUUUCGUUGCCGUGCCUCUGCCAUAGUUGUUGUAACAAACUCAGGAAGAUCAGCGACAAUGAUUGCCCGUUACCGUCCUCACUGUGUCAUCAUUGCUGUGACCAGGUCUCACCACACAGCUCAAUACCUCAACCUCUAUCGUGGAAUCUUUGCCGUCCUCUACACAGAUACAACAAGUGUUGAAUGGUAUGCAGAUGUUGAUACCAGGAUUGACCAUGCCCUCAACAUUGCAAAGGGUCAAGGUUAUGUCAAGGCUAAAGACAUUGUGAUACUAGUGACUGGCUACCAAACAGGUCCAGGCUGCACUAACACAGUCCGCAGUAUUGUGGUCCCUUGUGGAAAUGAAAAGACACACUUUCUUAACAUCCAAAGCACCACAGAUCACCUGGGAGUCUAA